AUUCUGGCUGUCCGCUGACAGAGACACAAAUGCCUUCUCUGUGCUGCCCGACCAUUGAAACUCUGCUGCUCCUCAGCUUAUUGUCUGGACUGGGACAAUCGCUCACGAGGACCUAUUAUAUCGGCAUUGUGGAGGAACCAUGGGACUAUGCACCGAGCGGCCAAAAUCUCAUCUCCGGACUCAAUAUAUCUGAUGACCAACAUGCAUCAGUAUAUCUGGAAACGGGAAAAAACAGAAUAGGACGUGUCUACAAGAAGGCCAUCUACAAACAGUUUACUGGUGCCCAGUACACUGAGGAGGUCAGUAAACCUGCCUGGCUAGGAUUUCUCGGCCCAAUUAUCAAGGCAGAGGUUGAAGACACCAUCAUUGUACACCUGAAGAAUUUUGCUUCACGAUCAUAUACUCUACAUCCACAUGGGGUUUUCUACAAAAAAGAUUCAGAAGGAGCUUUUUAUCCAGAUGGAACCAGCAAAUCUGACAAACGGGAUGACGCAGUUCCUCCUGGUGGACAUCACACCUAUACUUGGAUUGUCAAACAGGAAUAUGCCCCAACCCCUGAAGACCCCAACUGUCUGACCUGGAUCUAUCACUCCCAUAUCGAUGCUCCUAGAGAUAUAGCAAGUGGAUUGAUAGGGGCCCUGCUGACUUGUAAGAAAGGAACGUUGGACAGUUCGCUGAAACGGGUGGACGUUGAUAAAGACUUUGUGCUGAUGUUCUACGUGGUUGAUGAAAAUAUCAGCUGGUACUUGGAGGAGAAUAUUCAGCUAUACUGCUCCGAGCCCGACACGGUAGAUGUGGACAACGAAGACUUUCAGGAGAGCAACCAGAUGCACGCUCUUAACGGCUUUCUCUACGGGAACCUUCCGGCUGUGGACAUGUGCCUCGGAGAGUCGGUGUCCUGGCACUUGUUUGGAAUGGGUAAUGAAGUGGAUAUCCACUCUGCGUUCUUCUAUGGUCACACAGUCACCAACCAGGGACACAGAACCGAUGUCAUCAACCUGUUCCCUGCCACGUUUGUUACAGUGGAAAUGACGCCAUCAACGCCCGGAUCGUGGAUGUUGAGCUGUCAAGUGAACGACCACAUUCAAGCUGGAAUGAUGGGGCUUUACAAUGUUGGAUCCUGUGGACGCCAUCCUGCAGUUUUGACAUCCGGUUACGUGCGAAAAUACUUUAUUGCUGCUGAGAAAGUUCUGUGGAAUUAUGCACCAAGUAAUUUGGACACGUUUACACACAAGACUUUAGAUGAUCCGGACAGCCAUUCUGCAACUUUUUUUGCAAAGGGCGAUGAUAGGAUUGGAGGCUCCUAUUGGAAGGUGCAUUACACAGAAUAUACAGAUGAAUCGUUUAGUAAUAAGAAGACGCAGUCUAAAGCGGAGGAGCAUCUUGGAGUACUGGGUCCAGUCAUCAAAGCGGAAGUGGGUGAUACCGUUGUGGUUGUUUUUGCCAAUCAGGCGGACAGGAACUAUAGCGUGAUGCCUCACGGUCUGUCCUUCAGCAAAGAUUCGGAGGGAGCACCUUAUGUAGAUGGGGGCGCUGUGAAAGCCGGAGCUCACGUGGUCCCUGGAGAGACAUUUACAUACACCUGGAAUGUCUUGGAGAAGGAUGGACCUACAGAUAGUGAUCCACACUGCUUGACCUACUUGUACUACUCAGCAGCUGACCCAGUGAAGGACACGAAUUCUGGACUGGUGGGUCCACUGGUGGUCUGCAAAAAAGGGUCACUGAGGCCCAACAACAUGCAGGUGCGGACGGAAGAAGAUUUCUACUUGCUGUUUACUGUCUUCGAUGAAAACUUAAGCUGGUAUCUGGAGGAGAACAUUGGAGCGGUUUUUGCGGAUCCUUCUGCCAUCGAUAUGGAAGAUGAAGAAUUUCAGGAAUCAAACAAAAUGCACGCUGUCAAUGGCUACAUGUUUGGGAACUUACCAGGUCUCGAAAUGUGUCGGGGGGACAACAUAUCGUGGCAUCUUCUAGGCCUGGGCACAGAGAUUGACAUACAUGGGAUUUACUUUCAAGGAAAUACUCUUAACCUGGGAGGAAUGACAAGAGACACCAUCAGUCUUUUCCCACACACAACAGUCACUGCGUCCAUGCAGCCAGACCGGGCAGGAAUAUUUGAAGUUGGAUGUCAGACAAUGGAUCACUAUAUCAGUGGAAUGAAACACACAUAUACAGUUCAGGCAUGCAACAACUCUAUUGCUGAUGAGCACCAGUAUGGCACUAUGAGAACUUACUUUAUUGCUGCGGAGGAAGUGGAGUGGGAUUAUUCCCCGGACAGAUCCUGGGAACUUGAAAAACACAACAUCACAGAACAUGAGCAUCAGAGCCCAGGACACAUAUUUGUAAGUCCUUCUGAUGACCGCAUAGGAUCAAAAUACAAGAAAGUGGUUUACAGGGAAUACACAGAUGGAUACUUCACUACACCGAAGGAAAGAUCAGCAGAAGAGGAGCAUCUAGAAAUCCUGGGCCCAUUCAUAAGAGCUGAGGUUGGGGAAAGUAUACUUAUCGUAUUUAAAAACAAAGCCUCGCGGCCAUACUCCAUCUAUGCGCAUGGCGUCCAAGUGGCGAAUCUUGAUGGUGGAAGCGAGAUCCAAAAUACUCUACCAGGAGGGACAAGCACUUAUCGGUGGAACGUUCCAGAACGAUCGGGACCAGGGAGCAAUGAUCCGGACUGCCUAACAUGGGCUUACUAUUCCAGAGAAGACUUUAUGAAGGAUCUGUACAGUGGUCUGGUGGGACCACUACUGACUUGUAGGAAGGGUGUACUGAACAGCCAGGGCCUGAGGAAGGAUGUGGCUCGAGAAUUUGCUCUGCUGUUUUUGGUAUUUGAUGAAAACCUCUCAUGGUAUUUGGAUGAAAAUAUUGAGAACUAUAUUCAUAAAGAGCCCGCUGCUAUCAAUAUGACUGAGGAAUUUGAAGAAAGCAACAAAAUCCAUGCUAUAAAUGGAAAGAUCUAUGGAAAUCUCCUUGGCCUGACCAUGACAGAAGGUGAGAAGAUUCUGGGAAUGGGGAAUGAAGUUGACAUGCACACAGUGCACUUCCACGCUCAGAGCUUCCUUUAUAAGAAAGACAAGACCCACCGGGCGGAUGUGUUUGACCUUUUUCCUGGGACAUUUCAGACAAUAGAACUGGUUGCUGGUAACCCUGGGACCUGGUUGCUUCAUUGCCAUGUCACAGAUCACAUUCAUGCUGGUAUGGAAACAACUUUUACUGUGAAGAAGAAACGGGGUCAAGGAGAAGAUCCUGUUCCACCAGAUUCCGAUGGGCAGGACGGAGUGCCGUUCCUAGGGAGACUGCUGACAGUCGGCCAGGCACGUGUCGCGCUUCUCUCUCUCUUGGGCAUCGGUGUGGUUCUUCUAAUAGUUCUGGUGUUGGUCCUGUCCAUUCUCAGCUGUCGAAGGAAUAAGAUGAAUUAUAGCACAAUCAACAAUGGUUCCAUCCCAAUGAACAGUAUAUGAGAAGGUCACCAGGGUGGUGGCAUCUCUGGAAGUGCCUUGGGACAGAGUGUGCAUUUGCACUUUACCGCCAUAUGUUUACAAGCCCAAUUCUCUAUUACUGGAGAGGUUCGGAGCCUCUGGAUCAAGGACAGUGCAAAGGAUGUGAAUGCUGGAUCAUCAAAGGAGAAGGCCAGAAGGUCUUGAUGAGGUGACUCCGCGAGAAAUACAACAGGAACAAAGACAUUUGAUGUAUUUUGCCAUUAGUCUCUUAGCUUAUUAUUGAUUUAAAGGAACGUAUAUACAAAAGGGACAUUCUGACAUCUCGAAUGUAAUGCACUUGCUUGUAAUGAUGAUGUAUUUUUGUAUGGUACCUACAGGUGGCACUGUUGCUUUACCUCGUUGUGAAGAACCUAAUCUGCAGCUAGAACCAGUGCCUGUAGUUGGCGCUGUUGAGUUCAUUCUAAAUAACUUCACCUCACCACUUGCAACCCUAAGGUCCCUUUCACACGAGCGAGCCUUGUCCAAAACAGACAACUUCUACCCAUACCCCCUUGGCAAUGACAUGGCUGUUUUCUUUAAGAAACUACACCCUCCCGCCCUCUCCCCCGUCCGUGUGGUUACGUUUAGCUGCAGUACAACACACAACAUGUGGAUAAUCAAGAAAGCAGCCAUUUUCUCUAAUCCUGCACGUCUCCUCCUAUCUGGGUAUUGGGGGUACGUGGAGCUAAAUGGGGACUGCACUCUAUUACAUCCGUAAUCAUUAGUAGGGCAUAUAGAAAGGGGCUGUGUAAGCAGAAAGCCCUCUUAUCAUUCCAAUAUG